GUGUAGAAGCCCUUUGUUUGUUUCUGUCACAAUAACAUAAAACUCAUUGGCUUUAAAUAAAUAUACAAUGACGGAAUUUAGUGACUGGUAUUAUGGAAUACCUCUCUUCACCCGUUACUGGUUAUCUUUAACUGCUGGACUCAGUAUAUUAGCCAAAUUUAAUCUUAUCGACUUCAAUUAUUUUAUUUUGGAUAUUGGUGCCUUCAUCAACAGAUUCCAUUUAUGGCGGCCAGCAACAGCACUAUUCUACUAUCCCAUCACUCAGUCAACUGGGUUCCACUUCCUCGUCAACUGUUACCUCCUGUACAGUUAUUCCGAGCGGCUAGAGACCGGGAUCUUCGCUGGCAAGCCGGCUGACUACUUUACCAUGCUGAUCUUUAAUUGGCUGGUCUGCAUUGGUAUUGGAGUUCUGAUUGGAUUAACUUACGUAAUGGAUCCGAUGGUGAUCUCGGUGCUGUACGUGUGGUGCCAGCUGAACAAGGACGUGACCGUGUCCUUCUGGUUCGGGACGCGGUUCCGCGCCAUGCUGUUGCCGUGGGUGCUGCUCGCGUUCAACGUUAUUGUCAAUGGAGGUGGCGUUGAAGAGUUCCUGGGCAUCCUGGUGGGCCACCUGGCCUUCUUCCUGAACUUCAAGUACCCGCAGGAGUUCGGCGGACCCUCCUUACUGACACCGCCUGCUAUCCUAAAGAAAUAUUUCCCCGACUUCCGUCGCCCGAACAACUUCGCUCCCGCAGCCGAGUCGAGAACCCCCACCCCUGAAGGGCACCAAUGGGGCCGCGGAGAAGCUCUAGGGGGCCUCUGAAUCCAUCUGCGAUCUUCCUUCAUCAUUUUACUUAACAACUUUCUACCGUGGCAACCAAUAUGACUAGCUAUAUUUAGGCCAAGCUAU